AAAAUUCAGUAUCAAUUUAUUUAGUGUGUAGACAAGCUGUGUUUUGUAAAGAAAAGUUCAUUUGACACAGAAAAAAAAUUACAUCUCUGGACAGCUUUCUGUGAAGAUUCUUCAAAGCAGUCACCCAUCACUUACCAAGUGCCUCUUUAGCCAACACAACAGCAACUAAACAACAAAAAAUCAUCGCCAUUGCCCCGCAUUGCCAAAGUGGAAUUUUUUCCGCCCUAUAGUGAAUUUUUCGAGAACUCUGUUAAGGAUUUUUUUUUUCUCGCUAUUUUGUACCAGACAUAUUUGUUGCAAUUUUGUUGUGAAAAAAUAAUAACUGUGCUUUUUAAUGGAUUAAUGUUGAAAACAUAUUUCUUUCGUGAAGGGGCAUUAUAGACCUUUUACAAUUUGAUUGUGAAACAAGGAUAAAGAGGGAUAGAGAAAAUUUAGAAGGUCAAAAUCCGUUUUGUGGUGCAAAAGUGCAUAUUCAGUGCAAAUUUAGUGUUUUUUAAACAUAACUUGUGUCACAUUACAUAGUUGGAAAUGUUUUCGCAAGCUGUAUUUCAUCGAUUUGACUAUAUAAAUUCACCUUGUGAGUUUGUGUGUGUUCAACUCUGUGUACCCGUGUACGAAAGACACCGAAAGACCAUCUUUCACAUACUUAAUCCUGUGCUAGGAGUAGAAGCUGCAACAGACAUGACGGGAGCCUCAUUCGAUGUAUAUCCAUCAACAAGCAGUGGCAUGGGAUAUUUUGAGUCAGAUUUGUCGAUUUUUGAAAAUAAAACAGGACUAGCGGACGAUAUGAAGUUUCUGGCCUCAAUGCCAGAACUGUGUGAUGUUACUUUUUUGGUAGGAGAAACACGGGAGCCAGUCUGUGCGGUUAAAGCUGUCCUUGCUGCGCGAUCGAGGGUUUUCCAAAAACUUCUCUACCAAGCUCCAUCGCCACAGAGACGAAAGGAACCACCACAGCGUGAAAAUAAACUGCGGCUCUUCUUGAAACGAUCCUCAGAACCGCUGCUUAAUCUUCAAAAUGCAGCUCAACAGCCAACUGGACAUCAGCAUCAGACGCUAAUCAUUGAGGAAUUUGAGCCGGAUGUAUUUCGUCAGUUAAUUGAGUACAUCCAUACGGGUGGUGUAACUCUACAACCGAGAACUCUUCUUGGUGUUAUGAAUGCUGCCGAUUACUACGGACUGGAAGAGCUAAGACGUGCCUCAGCGGGUUUCGUCCAUUACUGCAUCAAUGUUGAUACUGUGUGUGCACUCCUAGCUUCCGCCGAGCGCUACAUCCAGUAUAAGUGUACAAAAAAUCUAGUACAGAAGGUUUUGGAAUUUGUGGAUGAGCACGGAAAUGAGGUGCUCAAUCUCGGCAGUUUCACUCUCCUACCACAGCAUGUGGUGCGACUGAUCUUAGCUCGAGAGGAAUUACGUGCCGAUGAGUUUACAAAAUUCCAAGCAGCUCUUAUGUGGAGUAAAAAAUACUGCGAUAGUAAUCCGAUUAACCCGCUAAAAGAAGUUCUAGGCAAUUUCUUGGAAUACAUACAAUUCCAUAAGAUUCCAGCUAAUGUACUAAUGAGAGAAAUUCAUCCUCUCGGCAUUGUUCCCUACUCCAUCAUCAUGAAUGCUUUAGCCUUUCAGGCCGAUCCUGCCAGUGUUGAUCCAGGAAAAUUAUCACCGAAUUCAAGUCGCGUUAGCAACUAGCAUAGGUCGAACGGCCCCUCCUCUCACCAUAAAAACUCCUCACCAAAAAUCCGCAAAGCCAAGUCUCAGAGCUUCCGUACACGUCGUAGUCCGUCAGAACGCAAAGGUAGUUCAUCAGCUUUUGCACCGCCAUCUGGUCAGCUUAAUCUUGCCAUCGAACGCACAGGUAGCAAAAGAAGUCCAAGCGGUGUGUCUCCGCAUGAUAGUAAAAGUCCAAGCAGUACAUCGCAAAAAAGCCCAAUGUCCCUGUCGCGUCAGAAUACCGUGCGACAGUCUCAUCGUCGGAAAAAUUCUGCGUCGCUGAAUUUGCAGGGCCGCCGGAGUCCGUGCGGAGCCGCGCCAGAGCAGCGCAGUCCGCAGGGGCGUCGCAGCCCUGUCUUUCUCAGCUACGAACCGUCACGAUCAGGACACCGAAGCCCAACAGAUCGUCGAAGUCCCACAUCAUCCAUCCAUGUACAACAGCAAUCUGGGCAUCGAAGUCCCAUUGACUAUGAGCGCCGUAGCCCUCUAUCUGGGGUAGCACCACCGUUGGAUAGACGAAUGUCUGGUGGGAUAUCUCCUGACGAACGAAGGAGCUCAAUACAGCAAUCUUUUCUGUCAGGUAGACGUAGCCCAAUCGGUUUCUCUCAUGGCAUGAUGAUUCCAUUGGGAUCAAAUCGUAGUCCGACACUUCCAAUUCCUCCCAUUACGAUAUCUAACCCAUCAGAAACAAUAGCGAUUAUUCAGCGACAAGUUGAAAGUACAGUUGAUUCAUCUGCAGAUGAGAAGAGUCCACCGACAGGAGACCGAAAAGAAAAGACCAGUGUGAUGCGUGAAAUUCUAGCAUUUGUAAGAAAACCGUCAAAGAAAGUUACAAUGCGAACAAGUCGUUUUGCAGCAGCUUUCUCACGGGCCGAAUCUACAUCAGGGAGUCCUCUUUUGCGUCAAAGUACUUUUUCCAGUGCUCCCACGGCAUCAAGUCGAGCUGCUAAAAGUGCAGUGACGAAGCAAAUGUCUGAAGUAAGUCUGGAGCCUAAGAUGUCUUUACGUUUUCGAACUCUUGCAUCAACAACUAAACUGUCGCUAAGGCUUCGACGUUCAGACACCAAUAAGGGUAAAGAUGCUAAAAAGUCGAGUGGAGAUGAAGUUAGCGACGUGGAAAGUAUGACUGAUAUUAGAGCUGUUGAAAAGCUUGGUGCAAAACCAUCAGGAAGUAGUGCAAACGGAGGUUUGUCAUUUGAACUCGAAAAUGUACAUUUUGAAAAGGUUGGAGAGUCAUAUAUCAAGCAUGAACAAAUUCGCGAAGAAACAAUUGAGGAGUCUAGUCCUAUAAAGUCAGAUCGAAGACCAGGUGAAGAAACGUUAGAGUUACAGAGACCCGUCGUAAGUGGAAAAUCAGCAUUAGAAGAGGAGACAGAACGGAUAGAGGAGCUAAAGCGUAGUUUGCUAAGUCUUCUCCCACCGGUGGAAGGCAGUAUCGAUGAUCCAAGUCAAGAGGCAACUGAGGCAAUUGAACAAGCUGCAGCUGAAUUUAUACUAGAAAAACCACAAGUGCCUUGCACCUCAAAAAUCCAGUGUCCAACGUUCGAGAUUGAACCGCCAUCCCGACGUGCAUCAUUCGAUCCACCCCGUUCACCUUAUUUGGAAAAUCUUCGUAGUCCAUGUGGACGAGGUGAUGAUCCGAAUGGUGUUCGCCGGGAUUCAGGGGCAGAUAGUUUCGAAAUUGUAGACACAGAUCGGAAUCGUGAGUCAAGUUUCGAGGACCGCUACUCGUCCAUUGAUACAAGUUUCGACAUAUCCAGGUACCACUCGACGAGUUACGAAGAUCAGACAUCGAGCUUCGAAAUGAUGGAAGCAAUUCCCGGUGACAAGAAAUCACCUUUUGAUCUCCGUAAAUCGUCGAUUGAGCUCGUGGAUGUUGAAACCUUUCAGCAUCGUUCAGGUGGCAGCAGUGACGGUCGCAAGUCCUCCUUAGAGACUCACUUUGACUACACACAGCCGCAUGGUAUGGCAAAACACUUUCACUCCCGCAAGCAUAUCCAUCAGCAACGGACUGGCAUACAUAGACCACGAAGCCCUCUGUCACAGCAAACUUCCUCCAACUAUAGCUCACGAGAUUCAUAUGAUUCUGGCUCUGAACCAUUAGUACCAAAACGCCUGUCUGGCUCUCGAAGUCCAUUCACUGAUCCCACACGUCAGCAUUUUCCUCUGCCACCACGCUCACCUUGCACUGGCAUUGAUGGGGAACCCUUCCUAUGUAUGGAUCAGCGAUGUGCUGCUAUUUUUGAACCACGUCCAGCACGAACUACUUCGCCUUAUCUUACCUGCUCCAGUGGUAGUGAAUUUGAACCACCUUCUCCGCGGCGUGCCUCAUCGGUGUCACCUAAGCAUACCUUUACGUUCCGCAUUGUGCUAAAAAAGGUGGAAAGUAGUCCUGACGAUCUUUGUCCAACUCGUGAGGCACGCAGACCACGCGUUGAUAGACACAAGCGUCGUGACAGUAGGCGUAAGAGGUUAAUGGAUACCGGUAAAAGCUUCUAGGAUCUACGGGACAUGUACCCCUUAAAUCUUCCCAGCACCAUCUCCUGCCUUAUUCGAGGAAGAAUAUUUUGGUGAGUUGGAACAAUUAUUAAAAAAAAUCCCAAUUUAUAAAAAGGGAAAGAAAUCUACAUCUUCCAUUGACAGUUUUUUUAACUUGUUAUUUAAUAAUUGUGCGUGAAGCUCAUCAAAAUAUGUCCUUUUUAACUUUCAAAAUUUGUAUUUAGUUAGUAUUCCAUCUUAAAUUGAUCAUAAGUAGCUUGCCUACAAUUAUUUUAAUUUUAAAAAACCUGAGCAAUGUCGCUAAAAAAAAUAAAAGUUAAACCACAGUACGUUAACCACAGAUGAGGCCAGAUUUGAUAAAAAAAAAUUAUUACUUUUCUUUAAAAUCAAUUUUAUUCACAGUGGCACUAGCCAUUCUGCUAGAAUAUAUUAGGAUUGUCACAAAAAAAUACAAGGAUAAGUAGAAAAAUUAAUUACAUUUUAGGUGGUACACGGAAACUGUACUAUUCUUUUCUUCAAAAGAAUCACAGCUGAGAAUAUGAUAUAACCGGAAUGGAAGACCACUAAAGACUUUUAAAAUAUUUAAUGUCAUGGUUCAGGUUUUUAGGUCAUCUGAAGAUCUCAUGUAACUUUUAGUAUACCUACUUAUGGGUAUCCGAAGUUACUUGAAUUUAACUUGCCUUCCAUAUAAAAAAUUGUACAACUUACUACAUCUAUUUGAUAAAAAGAUCAAAUGUCCUGGCCUCCACCAAGUACCUAAUGAGAUUACAAAGUAUAUAUAUAAUUUCAUAUUUUCAUCUCUUUAUCACUGGAUUUCAAUUUAAAUUUUUCCCUAAUUACUCCAAAGAAAAAAAGAGGAUAGCAUGUCCCAGAAACAAUUCAAAACUGUAUAUAAUUAUUAAAUUAAAAAAAUGUUGUUAAUGUUUGCAGUUUAAUAUUAUAGUUAAUCUAUAAUUGGAUAAAAAAGAAAAAAAAAUAUAUUCUGAGAAACAAAAAAAUCUAUACCGUGACAAUCCUUAAAUGUUACUUAUAUAUACAAUACAGUUUAAAACAAUAUUGAAAUAUAUGUUAUCCUUUCUUUCGAGAACAUCUUGAUAUUAGAUUUUAGGGACACAACUUUGGCAAUGAUUUCGAAAGAAAGAAAAAGCAAGAAUGCAUUAAUGUUCUAUUCAUAAAAUGAAAUUGUUAAUUCCUGUGAUUGCAUGAAAAGAUGUAUAUUGAUGAAUUUCAUUAUAAUAACCCAAAAAGAGUAAUACAUAAUCAUUGUAUUUUUCCAUUUACAAACAAAUAAUGUUUGAAGAGUCUUUAUAUACUAUCGUUUUGUAUCUAUACGUACGUAUUUGAAAAUGUUUUAAAGUAAAAUAUUUUGAGAAUUAGUUGGUAUUCCACUUUGUGGUUAACACCAAGUAUUUCUUUUAAUCUUAAAUAUGAAAAAAAAUCUGCAAUGUACCGUCGUUUAUUAAUUUAUUUACCCAUACUUACUAAUUAUUAACAAUUUGAGGGAAGUUUCGGAAGAUUUUUGUCUUCAAUAAAUUGAUUACUGUAUAGAAAAAAAAUGAAUCUAAUGAGGUUUAAUUUAAAAAAAUACACCGAAAGGUUUGUAAAAUGGACUUAAAAAAACUAUACACAAAAUGCCUCGUGACAUGAAGGAUGUUACAGUGAAGUUAUAGAGAAUGCGAACACUUUGAGAUACAUAUAUCACAAGGACAGGAAUUUUAUAUGUGAAACUUUAAUGAUUGAUAAUAAUUAUUCUAAAUAAAAAAUAUAAUUGAGAUGGAUGUUUGUGGAAAUACUGUUAUACAAAAAAUGCAUAAACUACAUUAUUAAACAAACACAUGAAUAAAAAAA